GCCUGCCGCAGCCUGCCCUUCCGGGGCAGCCCUGGAGCCUGCGCCGCCCUCCGUGCCCGCAGCCGCCCCUGGGCGGAAGGUGCACGGAACCGAGGAGCAACCACGCGGCACCAGGAUAGUCGGGGAGGGACUAGCCGCAGCAGCCGCAAGUCACAGGGAAAGCUCACUCACGCCGCUGUAACUGAGGAAAGCCUUUCUAAAUCACAUAGAAUCCUCCAUGCUGCUUAUAACAGACUCAACCACAUGAAAAUCAAGUAUUUGCUUGGGGAGGAAAACCCAAAUCAAACUUAGAGGAAGAUAGGAAACUGUGGGAAAAUAUUUCCAGAUCUAAUGUCCUUAAUGUGUGAGGAGUUCCUACAGAUCAAUUUCUUAGAGGGCAGAAGGGUGGGAAAUGACACGAACAGGUAGUUCACAGUAGAAAGGAAGCUGACAGAACACGCUUGUUCAUCUCACUAAGAGAUGCGCAGAUUGGGAGCAGAGCAGUGUCGCCGUGCACUGCUCACCACAAGGGGAGGUCUGCGGGCCCAGGAACCUGGGAGGGUUCCGGCCGGGGGUCUGUGGGUUCCACAGAGGAGACAGACCGCAUCCUCCGAGGCGGGAGGAGCAAGUGCUUGGAGCCCCCGUCACACCAGAACAGGGGUGCCUGUCACUAAGGAACCCUAGUGGAGCAUGGUGCACCCACUAAAUGCAGGUCACACAGCCUUUAACAAAGACACACCCUGGGAGGGCGUGGGGAAGAUUCCGGAGACUGCUAAGUGGAAAGGGCGUGACGUGAUGCUAUGUGAGACACAGAGGCCAUACCGGGCAACCAUGGCGCGCCACCUCCUUUCUCGAGGGAGCGCCUGGGCUCGGGAGGGGGCCCAGGGGUGGUGGGAGAGCACAGACCUCCCAGCUGAGACCACAGGGUGUCACGACCCUCUCCCGCGGGCAAGACACCUGCAAGGCAGUUGGAAGCCCUCACGGGUCUCUGAUCCUCACUUGACUGCGCUGCUAAAACCCACCCAACCCGACCCUGGUCCAUCGUUACAGACAAGGCGCAGCUCCAGCAGCUCAAGGUCAGAAAGGCCUGAGUGGACCCUUACUGUGAACGGGACGAUGUGGCCCUUCCCCUGCGCAGUGUUCAGAACUGUGGACGAGAGACCCUCAGCCACGCAGGCCCCUGAGGUCGCGCGUGUCCUUCCCCCGACCAGUGCCCUCAGGGUCGGCCAGGGUGUCCCCUGGGCAGAUCACCAGCGAGAACCGGCUGCAAGGAGAGUCGAAUGGAGGUGUGAGCGCCGCGUGCCAGAGCCCCAUGGUCCUCCGAGUGGGGCCUGCCUGGGGGCGGGGGUCCUGGGGCUGAGACGGUGGGAAUCUGGUCAGAGAGCUUUCCUUCAGCUCUCACAGCGCCAAAGGCAGGUGUUAAAAUAUCCCGCUCCGUGGUUUUAGCGUAUUCACAGGGUUACGCAGCCAUCACCCUCUGUCCACAUUUCAGCACCUCCUCAGAGCCCCUCACUCACCAGCAGACCUGCCCCUCGCCCCUCCCCCAGCCCUGGACGCCACUAACCCGGUCUCAGUCUGUGGACCCGGCGGCGCGGGACGUUUCGGCUCAGUGGCAUCACGGAGUCUGUGGUCUCUUGCGUCCGAUUUCCUCCACGGAGCAGCGUGGGCAACCACGUGUAGCCGGAUCAGCGCUUCCGGUCCGCGGUCCGGAAGGGCUGCCGGCUCUCCCCGGGCUCGCGUUGCUGGGAGGAGCCGUUCCGUGUGACCCAGAUGUGCACGUGCCCUUGGCCUCGCCCUCGGGAGCUGGGUGGGUUUUGGAGAAAGGUCUGUCCGCAUCCUCUGUGCGUUUUCUAACUGAGCCGCUGCUUUUCACUGUUGAGUUAGGAGUUUAAUGUAGUCUGUAUACUAGGCCCCUUACCAGAUAGGUGAUUCACAGAUAUUCUUUAUUCGUUGUGUGGGCUGUCUCUACAUUUCUUGAUGGGGUCAUCUGA